AUGGCUCGUCGAUUUCUCCGCGGGCAGAACAUGGCCUUUGGGCUGAGUGUGUUUCUGUUCACAUUCAUGUUCCUCCCAACAUUCUUGAUCUUGUUAGCUGUUGUGGUCUUUUUCGUGCUGGCUUAUCCGCGGCUGCGAAAGUCUUAUGCUAGCGACGGGGACCGGGAGGUGAAACCACAUCAAAUCGGAGAGCAUGAGUGA